GAUGGACGGGCUCUGCUCGGACGAGGUCAGGCUGGGCUGCCCUCACAGGACGAUCUCAAGAAGAAAAUGUCCAACGGAAGCACCGUGACCGAGUUCCUGCUCCUGGGCUUCUCUGACGUCCGGGAGCUGCAGAUUUUGCACUUUGUGCUGUUUCUAGUGAUAUAUCUGAUGGGCUUGGUGGGGAACCUUCUCAUCAUCACAGUCGUAGCCCUCGACCACCGUCUGCACACCCCCAUGUACUUCUUCCUGGGGAACCUGUCCAUCCUAGACCUCGGCUUCAUCUCCGUCACCGUCCCCAAAUCCAUGGCCAACUCCCUCCUGGACACUAGGUUGAUUUCCUACCCUGCCUGUGUCUCCCAAGUGUUUCUAUUCAUGUUCUUUGGUUCAGCUGAUAUCGGCAUCUUGACCGUCAUGGCGUACGACCGGUACGUGGCCAUCUGCCACCCGCUGCACUAUGAGCGAGUGAUGAACUGGAGAGCCUGCGUCCACAUGGCUGCCAGCGCCUGGGUCACUAGUUUGCUCUUCUCUGCCUUGCACACCAGGAGCACAUUGGCUAUCUUGUUGUGUGGUGGCCACGUGGUGGAUCAUUUCUUUUGUGACAUCCCCCAGCUGCUCAAGCUGGCCUGCCCGGACUCUGACCGUGGUGAAAACGGGGUUAUUGUCUUUAGUGCCUGCUUAGUCUUCAGCUGCUUGGUCUUCAUCCUUGUAUCGUAUAUUCAGAUCUUCAGAGCGGUGCUGAGAAUCCCCUCGGAGCAGGGCCGGCACAAAGCCUUCUCCACCUGCCUCCCCCACCUCACUGUGGUCUCCUUGUUUAUUUUAACUGGUGCCUUUGCUCACCUGAAACCCACCUCCAGCACCACAUCCCGCCUGGACAUCGCGGUGGACGUUUUCUAUUCCGUGGUGCCUCCUGUGCUGAACCCCGUCAUCUACAGCAUGAGGAACAAGGAGAUCAAAGCUGCCCUGUGGAAAUUGACUGGGUGGAGAUUAUCCGUGGCACAGAAAAUGUCCCUCUUACGCCUCUGA